UCGUUUUCGUGUAAAGUAUAAUGACCGUCAGUGGUCAAAACUGGAAACGAUAUCGACUUAACCGUGUACUGUGAAGUGAUUGUGUUGUUUAUUCUUAAUAUUUAUAAAUACCCCAUACUAAAAUCUUAUAUUCAUGAAAUUUAUGAAUAAUCAUAUUUCUUUACUGUCUUCUUUUUAUCAUAGAAGUUAAAGUGACAUUAAAAUGAAAACUAGUACGACACAGUUUAAAGUAAUUGUAGAUUUUAUGGAAAGGUACGGAGAUCUUAGUAAGAGCCAAAAUGGGCUUCAGGGCAGGCUAGAAUCUAUAAAGAAAUGGCAAAUGUUAACAAAUUCUCUAAAUAAGGACCCUACGGGUGAUAGAAGGUCUAUUGAAAAAUGGAAGAAAGUUUGGAGUGAUUUCAAAAAUAAUACCAAGAGAAAAAGAACAAAAAUAUUAAAAUAUGCCGGUUUACCUGAACAUCUGCGACCUAAGUUGGCAUUAAAUGAUUUAGAAAAUAGAGUUCUUAAUAUUGUUGAUCAAGGAGCUCCUCCAGUGGAUGAUAAAACAGGUGUUGGGGUGGAGAUACAGUAUAUGGACACUGUACCUCAGGAAGAAACUACUGCGCCAACAGUGCAAUUCAUAUCAACGGAGCAGAAUUCACAGACAUUUCAUGCUGAGAGUAUGUCAGAUGGAAACAACAGCGAUUAUUUCACUUCAUCCGAUGAGUCUUCAGACAGGAGUUCUGAUGAAUCUAUUGAAACUGAUGAGCAGAGGCUGUCUUCGCCUCGUUCUCGUCACGUUAAUAACCAUCGUCCUGUGUUUCAACGUUCACGUAAAUCCAAAGGCAGUCCCGCAGGACCGUCUCGUGUGGACCCAUUCGAAGCCAGUGAUAAUCGUUGGCGGAAACUGUUCUCAGAACUUACAUCUGAACACAUACGACUGCGAAAGAGGGAACUCCGACAGCAAGAACGGUGGCAUGCUCUAUUUGAAAGAUGUGUCGAUUGCAUGGAAAAAUUUAUUAAUAAAUGACUCUAUAAAUAUCUACGGAAAGAGAUAA